UUCCGAGUCGCUCAUUCACCGUUAUUCUACUGUCGACGAGCGCAAGGACGCCGUUUCUUGCUUUGCUCUUUCCAUUCUACUAUUGUAAUACCUUUGUCACUAAUUAGCACGGAACCCCGAUACGCGAUGGGAAACGGGAAGCGAGCCGCGAGCCAGCCAGGGGAGGGCUGCCGGAAGAAGGUCAGGGGUCUCCGGCCUGCCGGGCCUUCCAUCUCGGAUCGGGACAGACGCGAGUACCAGCACACGGAUAAUCUCUCGACGUAUUACGAGCCGCCAUCCUACUAUCCGAAUCCCGAGUCCGCGGGCCAGUUUGCCACGCCUGCUGCAGCCCACCCGCAAAUCACACCGUCUACCCUGACCCCAACCACCGUCUCCUCUCACCACGAAGAGUACUAUGCUGCUCCACAGGCUACGUACCGAGGCGACCGCUCCUCCGUGUCUGAUUACACGCAUGAUGCAUACGUCCCGACAGCGGAAGAGGUUAUGGACUCUGCCACGCUAAACAGAGUGUCCAUGACAGCCGCCCAAGGGUCUGCGCACGGAUCAAGGCACAACUCUCGAGACUGGACUGGCGCUCAGGUCCGCCCGCUAUCCUUGUCGCGGGUUCCUGAAUCCCCCAUCGCGGAGCAGCUGUGGGAUCGGAUGAACGGGUACGGCGCCGCCUCGACGCAGUCGUUGCCUCCCUUCAGCACCUUUGCGAGGCCUUUGGAGCUCACGCGCGCUAGGGACGACCGCAACAGGCUCGUCCAGGACGCCGGUAACCUCAUAAUGGGCAGCCACACCCCGCCGCCGGAUGGCGGCAUGUACCAACAUACGCUUGAGGUCGAGGUCGAGGUCGAGGUCGAGGAUCACGACCUCGAUAUACAAUUUCCAGACAUUGUCGGGUACCCCCACAGUAAGAGCCUCUGA